UGCUACCAAGCGGCCGGAAUCUGGCAUCCCUGGGUCGCACCGGCUUUACGGUUCACUUACAAUUUACGCGGCUCUUGGGAUUGUCGUUCACUGGGCAAAUUAUAUUUUUUGUUUUAAUCUGAAUUUGUGAUCUCUAAUUUUUUUCGCGCUACUUCACGUACAUUAACGCGUCAUGGGUAGACCAGGGUUUGGAGGACCACGAGGAGGAGGUAGAGGAGUAGGUCGUGGUGUAGGUGGAGGUGGCCGUGGCAUUGGUCGCGGGGGAGGUCGUGUAGAAAAACCACAGUUUGGUGGUGGAAGAGGUGGUGGAAGAGGUGGCCCAAGAGGUGGCCCAAGAGGUGGUGGAAGAGGUGGCCCAAGAGGUGGCAGCCGUGGAGGAAGAGGAGGAGGUGGAUUCAAAGGAGGAAAGAAUGUAUUUAUUGAGCCCCAUCGACAUGAAGGAGUAUUUAUUGCUCGUGGAAAGGAAGAUGUACUAGUAACUAUGAGUAUAGCACCCGGAAUAUCUGUGUACGGAGAGAAGAGAAUCAAAUGUGAAGAUAAUACAAAUCCCGAAGAACAGCUCGAGUACAGGGUGUGGAAUCCAUUCAGAUCCAAGUUAGCUGCCGCGAUUCUCGGGGGGAUCGAGAAGAUUCAUAUAUCUCCUGGAAGUAAAGUGCUAUACUUAGGCGCAGCAUCAGGCACUAGUGUGUCUCAUGUCGCAGAUAUAGUCGGUCCGGGAGGAAUCGUUUACGCAGUGGAGUUUUCACAGAGAACAGGAAGAGAUCUAAUCGACGUUGCUAAAAAAAGACACAAUAUCAUUCCUAUAGUUGAAGACGCGCGACAUCCUUUCAAGUACCGUAUGCUUGUAGGAAUGGUAGACACCAUCUUCGCGGAUGUCGCACAGCCGGAUCAGGCUCGUAUCGUUGCAUUCAACGCGCAGUAUUAUCUCAAAAACGGCGGGCACUUUCUUAUAUCUAUCAAGGCAAGUUGCGUAGAUUCGACCGCACAACCGGAAGCAGUAUUUGCUCUAGAAAGAAAAAAACUGUUAGAAGAAAAUCUGGUACCCGUAGAACAAAUUACUCUCGAGCCGUACGAGAGAGAUCACGCUAUUGUUGGUGGCGUCUUCAGACCAUCAAAGGAUAAGAAAGCAACCUAACUUUAAAUUUCAUUACAUAAAUAAUGAAUUUUGUAUGUAUAAAUGUAUAUAACUGUGCCAGUUUGUUGUGUAAAUGUUUACGCAUCCAUUUUCGUACCUUCUCUGACUGACUGCGUUCCGAUAUUCACUGCCAAUAUUAGAAAUUUAUAGUACAUGUUUUUAUUGAUGGUUUUUAUAGAUCUUUAGUAGGCAGUGAAUAUCGGAAUGCAACCUCUAUAGUUUAAGAUAUAAUAAAAUAUAAUAAAAAAAACUGACAACAGCUAAACAAUAGUACGCAACAGCUGGUCAUAGUAUUUACAUUUUUGUUUUGAUUCGAGAUCUUGCGAUUAUAUAUUUUUCUCGCUCAAGGAUACAUUUUUAUAUCCUAAAUCGUAUUUCAAACUCUGUGCAGCGAAUUGUAGAUUGUAUGAGACACGAUAUUUAUUAAGAACGUGAAAAAAGAUGAUUUAUACGGAUUGUUUAUAUCUACAAAUUUAUCUUAUAUUCACGGAUCAACAAAUUUUUAUUUUAUAUGUACGGACGUACGAAAAAAGAAAAAAAAAGUAACUAUGAUAAGAGGAAUGUACAUAUAUUCCUCUUAUUGUAGUUACAGCUUUGUUCUUUUUUUUUUCAGAAAAAAAAAAAAAUAAAAGACAAUAUGUGUACGUCAUUUCGUAUGUCAUCACACUAGCAGUUGUCAUCGCAAAUAUGUUUUGGCAAUUUGGAUUUUAAUAAAUUGAAACUGCACAGAAUAA